GAAGAAAAUUGGCAAAAAAAAUUUUUAUUUUUGUUGCUGCAAAAAGGAAGGGCUCUGUGCACUUUUAAGAAUAAAUUUUAACAAAACUAGCAAUAAUUUGGGGGGAAAUAGCUAAUUAGAAAAGAUGUCCAUUUCUGAUGAAUACAAAAAUAAAAUUGGAAGAAAAACUAAGAAAAGAAGAAAAAUGGAAAAAUAUUAUGAUGAAGAAUAUGAAGACUUUAUUGACUGUAAAAGGCAUAAAGAAGAGUUACUCCCAAAAUGGAAAUUAUAUGCCGUUUGUGCUGCUGUUUUUAUGUGUUUUGCACUUCUAUAUCCAAGCGUUUUUGCACCAAUGAUUAAUUCAUUUUUUGGGAGAAAUAGUGAUAAUAAACAUUCUCAUCAACCAAAUUCUCAUUUUCCACAUCCAGAAGGGCAUAGAGGCGGCGGUCGCCCUCCCCAUUCACACCCAGCAGCCGCUGCUUCAAUGCAUGCUCAGGCCAGAGCGCAUCAAACUCAGGCUGUUGGAGGUGGUGGCAGGGGUGGUUUUGCUUGGCUCCUUCCUUUCUAUACAAUUGGUGUUGUUUUGUUUUUGCUCUACACGCUUUUUAAGGUUUGA